AUGGAUGUCUUUUACGCAUACACAUAUGGAACGGCGGGAUGGCUGGCACUACAAGCAGUCCCUUUGAUUAUAUCACCCACAAUCAUCAUUACAAUGCUUUCACCUGAAGUUAGAGAUCCCACCUCACUCGAGGAAUACUUCUCUAGAUCCUUAGGCAUAACACUCCUCACGCUAGGUAUAAUGGUGGUCCUCCUUACCGGAUCCGUCCCCCUAACCUCUUCCAUAUCCGAUACAACCACCGCCGCCGUAACCACCUCAGACACCGACCCCAAAGCACCCUACGCCGUCCCCGUCCUCACGCUCAGCACCCUCUACCACGGCACCAUCGCCUUCUACUGCUACGCGCACUACACGACUCUCGGCACAUAUUCAUUUGCGCUGGGUUCCAUUUUCUCGACAACUUUGUUUGCAAUCGGAGGCUGGUGUAUACUUUUUGGGACGGCGAGUGGGAGGAUCAGUCGGAAGACGGGGGCUGAUAAGAGGACGAGUGCGUGGCCUUUUGGGAAUCAGGAGAGUGCUAGUGCGAGGAAGAGGGCUAAUAGGAAAGGGUUGUAA